AUGGCCUCCCGCAUCCUCCUCCGCCCGCUCACCAAUACCUUCGCCAGCACCCUCCUCGUCUCCUCCGUCCUCGCAGCCCCCUUAUUGCUUCAACCCUACCGCCGACCACUCCUACUCGACUCUGCGACCGCGUCUCCGCUUUCUUCCAGAGACUGGUCGUACUCGCAGUAUCAGCGCGAUGCCCAGGUGCCGGUGACAAAGAACGGGAGGGUGAAUCCGGCCGUGUUCAAGCAGAUUAGUGCUGGGAGCAUAUUGGGGCUCCUCGGCGGAGUGGCCAUUAGUGUGUUCUCGAAACCGCUGGCGUUGAUAAUCGGGCUGCUGGUUUUCGGGCUACAGGCUGUCGAAUCGAGCGGGCUGCACAUCAUACCGUACAACAGCAUGCAGCGAUACGUUAAGAGCGUCAACCUACGAUCAGCAGUACUCGACAAUGUGGCGUUCAAGCUCUCUUUUGGUGCAACGUUUGCGCUGGCGGCAUUCGCCGAGUUUUAG